AUGGAUUAUUUGAAAAUAAGCAUUUCAAUGCUCAUCAUUUCUUGUCUGUGCAAUAUUUCUUGUGCUCAACUUCGAGUUGGAUUCUACAAUUCUUCUUGCCCACGAGCUGAAUCCAUUGUUAGAGAAGUUGUACUGAAGAGUGUCCCCACUGGCAGACGUGAUGGUUUUGUUUCCGAUGUAUUCGAAGUCGAUUUGCCUGGACCGGAACUUUCCAUAUCCGACGCGGCCCAAUUUUUCGUCGUUAAAGGGCUAACCCUAAAUGACAUGGUUGCCCUUAUGGGAGCUCACUCUGUCGGAGUCGCUCAUUGCGGGUUUUUCCAAGACCGUCUUUCGGAUUUCCAAGGCUCCGGGAAACCGGAUCCUACGAUGAAUCCGGCGUUGGCUGCAAGGCUUUCGAGGACCUGUGGGAGACAAUCUAGACCGUUAAAUAAGGAUCCAACAGUGAAUUUGGAUCAGAACACAACACUUACACUGGAUAAUGAAUUCUAUCAUCAAGUGAGGUCUCGUAAUGGGAUUUUACAAAUUGAUCAAGAGCUUGCUUUGGACAAAUCUACUGCUUCAUUGGUGUUUAGAUUGGCUGCAAACAGUAGCCUAUUCAGACAAGCUUUUGCAGCUGCGAUGAUAAAGUUGGGAAAGGUGGAGGUUCUUGUUGGCAAAAACGGAGAGGUGAGAAAGAAUUGUAGGGUAUUUAACAAAUCGGCAAGGCCUAAAACUCCGAAACGUAAAACGCAUUAAAUGUGUGUUUUCUUUUUCUUCUUGAUCGACUUUUUUUGUUAUUG